GAUUUUUCGUUCUUUCUUUGGGAAUUUCAACAUACAUCAAAAGAGAAAAAAAAAAAUAGCUGUUUAGCCCAACGUCAGCACCGACACUCCACACAACAGCCCAUUCAUAAUAGCUUCUUUGGAUAAAGAGUAAGGUGAGUUCCAUUUGAAAAAUUAGAAAUUGAUUUGAGUGGGAUUUUGAUUCGAGUUAAGAAUUCAAAAUGACAGCAUCGUAUACUUCAUCAAAAGAUGCAUCGAUAUCGCUAACACUUAAGAAGACAUUUGAGAUACAUCGUACUAAGGUUAUGAUAGGAUGUAUUAUUACGGUGAUAUUGCUUUUAUUGAAACUUUUAUUAUUACCAUUUGAAACAUUAUAUACGCCUAAUUUUAAUAAUUAUCAAAGCGUUCAAUAUUAUGAUUUAGCUCAUUACUCCGGAUCCAAUGAUGGAUGGCAAAGAGAUGAAAGGGUGUUAUUCUGUGUACCAUUGCGUGAUGCAGCAGCCCAUUUACCAAUGUUUUUUGGACAUAUGAAAAAUUUAACUUAUCCACAUAAUUUAAUUGAUUUAGCAUUUUUAGUUAGUGAUUCAAGUGAUGACACUAUGGGAUCAUUGAAAAAACAUUUAAAUGAAAUACAAAAUAAUCCCGAUCCAUCAUUUAGAUUUGGAGAAAUAGAAAUAUUUGAAAAGGAUUUUGGACAAAUUAUUGGACAAUCAUUUAGUGAUCGUCAUGGAUUUGCUGCACAAGGACCAAGAAGAAAGUUAAUGGCUAGAGCUAGAAAUUGGUUAUGGACAGUAGCAAUCAAACCAUAUCAUUCACAUGUUUAUUGGAGAGAUGCUGAUGUUGAAACGGUUGCACCAACAAUUUUAGAAGAUUUAAUGCAUCAUGAUAAAGAUGUUAUUGUACCUAAUGUUUGGCGACCUUUACCGGAUUGGUUAGGGAACCAGCAACCGUACGAUUUAAAUUCCUGGCAAGAAUCGGAUGGAGGAUUACAAUUAGCUGAAAGUUUAGAUGAAGAUGCAUGUAUUGUGGAAGGCUAUGUUGAAUAUCAAACAUGGAGACCUCAUUUAGCUUAUUUAAGAGAUCCCUACGGAGAUCCUGAAGUUGAAAUGGACUUAGAUGGUAUUGGAGGAGUUUCAAUUUUAACAAAGGCAAAAGUUUUCAAAUCAGGAUCUCAUUUCCCAGCAUUUUCAUUUGAAAAACAUGCAGAAACUGAAGCUUUUGGUAAAUUAAGUAAAAGAAUGGGUUAUUCAGUGAUUGGUUUACCUCAUUAUGUCAUUUGGCAUAUUUAUGAACCUUCAAGUGAUGAUUUAAAACAUAUGGAAUGGAUGGCCUUAGAAGAAAUUAGACAAAAGGAAGAAGCUAAAAUUAAAAAAGUUUAUGAUAAAGUUUGGGGCAAAGCUUUUGAUGAUGUUCAAGACAAAUGGUUAAAAGAACGUAAUAACUUUUUGAAAAAUACUGAUAUGUCUCAUUUAAGAAAUAUCGAAGUUGAUUGGUCUGGUGCUGAUGAUUGGAAUAUUGAUGAAAGUCAAUCGGAUAAAAAAUUAGCUGACUUUAAUCCUUAA